AUCCAGUAGUUCGCUCUCAGCAGAAUCUGAAUCAUAUCGUCGACCAAACAGGGCAAAAUGGACUCAAAGUACGCUGAAAUACCAACAAUGCAUGAAGGAGACGCAUCAAUAGGAAGAGAAAGAACUGAACAGCCUGUCCACAACGCCGAUUACGAUGUAUCGAAAGAAAUUCUUGACUUGCGACGGGCCGUACGCAACAGAAACCGCCUGCUUUUUGCAUUAACGCUUUGUUCUCUAACUACAAUUGCCAUGAUCCCUAUGCUCCACGGCUUAUUACCGAUGUGGAACACAAGUUCAACAACCACAUCAGUUUUGAGUGAGGUGAACGGUCUCCUUCCUAUUCUGCCAUAUCGCGAAAUGAUAUUCUGGAACGACUCGACUUAUACACAAGAGCAUAGCAUAAUGAGACACGAGCCCCUCGAAGACGUGUUAAGGCGGAUAGAUGAGACUUGGAAUUCUCUAAUGCCCACGAAUAACGGCUUUGUGCCGAUUCCACAUCCUGAAAGAUAUAAUCUCCCUCCUCAGAUGUUGGACGGAGAUGACAAGCCCAUGGACGACUACAGUGUCUCAGUCUAUCAUCAACUACACUGUCUGCAUGCCAUACUACGGUCUUGGGUGGCGUAUUUCUACGGCCAGGAGCAGAAAGACCUUUUUCCUUCGCACAUUCUUCAUUGUUUCGACUACAUCCGCUUCGGACUCAUGUGUGGCAUGGAUAUGGCCUUGGAAGGUGGCAACGCCGCUUCCAUCGCGGCAGGGCAACGAUGUGGCACAUUUGGGCUCGGUACAACUCAUGUUUGCCGCGACUGGAACACACUUUAUCAAUGGAUGGAAAAGAAGAACGUCGCGAAGAGCAACAAGCGCUGCUGAAUCUCCGUGUUAUGUUGGGAAGCUUGUGGUAUUUGACCACGGCCGCAAAGGAGGGCCUGCACCUUAUCAACCUCAUCUCAGCCCCAGCCCCUAGGUAGCUCCCUCUUCCCUUCGUCACGCAGAGUAAAGAUAGCAAUAACAACAUUAUUAUCCCGUUUGCCACCAAAAUUACCGUAUACGGUAUAACAGAGGCUUAGUGGGUGCUUUUCAGGCC